CACAGCUGAUCACGUGAUGUGGUAAAAGGCCAAUCACAGCGGCCUUUACCACGUGAUCAGCCAUGUCCAAUGACACGCUGAUCACAGGGAAAUGCAAAUGCCAGUUCUCUGCUGCACUUUCCUCACACUGUCAGAUCGGUUACUGAUCAUCAGUGCCCUGAUGAUCGGUGCCCAGCAGUGCCACACACAGGUUCCGCCCACCUGUGCCCAGCAGUGCGCCCACCUGUGCCCAGCAGUGUCACACCACCUGUGCCCACCUGUGCCACCCAGCAGUGUCACCACCUGUGCC